AUGCUUUCAACACUUCUGCUCUCUCUUCUCAUUUUAACUGCUCCUCUUGAGAUAUAUAACUCAGAGUGCAAACUAGAUCCAGGGCCUUCUGCACUUUCCUCUUCUACAACAACAUGGACAGAGUUUAAUAACUCAGUGGCUAUUGCAUUGGUGUAUCAAGAGCCUCAACCUACAUGUUCAUGUGAGCACCAGAACCAAGUGCACAAGUAUGUCACCGAACUCAAAGUCAGGGUUGGGUGUCGCAAGACAGACAAUUCUAUAGACAUGCUGCGCUCUCGAGCUGCGCAUUCAGUCCUGGAUUCAUGGAGUUCCACUUUCCAGGAUCCAACUUAUUGGGGCUCUGAAUUCUUAGAGCUUCAAUGGCCUGACGGGCAGCCGAUUCAGCCAUCGUACCUCAAUGGGGGACCUUGGAUUUUAACCUUCAAACACAGUAUCACUGAGUUUGCUCGCGUCUGCUGGUGUAUAACUGGCCAUGUGCCCAUUGGAGUGUACUAUUGUCACUUCAAGAUCAAUGAGCCUCACAGCUGCACUUGCGGGGCUGCCUUGCAGUCUCGCCAGCACAUCCUCUUUCGCUGCUGUGAUAGAUACUCUGUACAUUAUCCCCGAGAAAAUGGGGAUAUUGCAUCAUUUAUGAAGCACAACCCUAUGGUGUUUGGCUUCAACCAGGACCCUUCAGGUGUCGGAAAAUCACUGUGGGCAGGGUUAUUCCUCCUUUCAGGGGAUUUAUCGGUGAAUUGA